CAGGUUUAAGAGCCGCAGAAAGCUUACUAAGUGUUCUGUUACAUUAGUUUAGUGCCGCUCAUCAUUACCGAGGUUGAGCUAGCAGCUGUAGGUUGUUGUUGGUUCUAUUUGUAUCUAUCUUUUGCUAGUUGCUUUUGAAAGUGUUUUGCUGGUAAUGUUAACGAUGAGAGGAGUUACAGUAUUCUUCUAUAUGAUCGCGUUGCCCUUUGUAUUUGUUGGAGCCACUGAGCUGACAUUUGAGUUGCCAGACAAUGCAAGAGAGUGCUUCUUUGAAGAAGUGGACAAGGACGUGAAAUUUACACUUGAUUACCAAGUUAUUACAGGUGGUAACUAUGAUGUGGACUGCUACAUGGAAGACCCCACGGGAAGGAUAUUGUACAAGGAAACCAAGAAACAGUAUGACAGCUUCAGCCACAAAACAAACGUUAAAGGUGUCUACAAAUUCUGUUUCAGCAAUGAGUUUUCCACUUUCACACACAAAACUAUUUACUUUGACUUCCAAGCUGGUGAUGAGCCCCCAAUCAUCCCUGAAAUGGGCACCAGAGUUACUGCAUUAACACAGAUGGAGUCAGCCUGUGUGACAAUUCAUGAAGCCCUGAAGGUAGUCAUAGAGUCACAGACACACUAUCGAUUAAGAGAGGCACUAGAUCGUGGCCGAGCUGAAGACUUGAAUUCACGAGUUAGCUUUUGGUCAGUUGGCGAGACAGUCAUCUUAUUUGUGGUCAGCAUUGGCCAAGUCAUGAUGCUAAAAAGCUUUUUUACUGAAAAAAGCCCCACUAGUAAAGGGGUUAAUAAAUAGAUAUUGUACAGAAGAAUAUAUGUUAAGUUUAUAAUCGGACUGUAAUUGUGCGGUUUAUUUACAGGAAUAUUUAAAGUUUGCAUUUUGUGAAAACAGAUUAUGGCAUGGUAACUAGCCAACCCAGGUAACAAAUCUGAGCAGAUUCACCAGUGUUAAUGGUUUUCCCUACAUAUGAAGUGCCUAUUUAUGUUACUUAAUAUGACAUAACAUUAAGUGGAACACAAGAUUAUUUGUUUACUGUAUAUUUACAAAGAAAGAUAACCAUUCUGUUAUUGUGAGUAGUAAAUGUCCUGUUUACUUCUGGCUCGGUCUUUUUGGUUAAUAUUUUGUGCUGAUAGUGUGUGUCUAUUUAUUUUAGAUGUACGAAUGAAUCCAUUAUAAUUACUUAGCUGAUAUCCACAAAAUGUUUCUUAAAACUGUUGACCAAAUGGUAUUUUUUGACUAUAGUAAUUCCUGCUUUGUCAGUGAAAACUGUGUGAUGUUAGUGCUAAAAUCUGCAAUCAGCUUCAAGUAAUUUAUACUUUCUCCCUUGGAAAUUUUCAGACUGAUAGCUUUGUCAGUGGGGCCAAGUAAAAUACACAGUACUUUGAGCCUGGAAGACAAAUGUGAGAACCACUGCUGCACAGAGUUAAAAAAAUAAUCUAAAAUACUUUAUCUUGGCUGGCAGGUGUACAUAUUUUCUGGACUUGCAUUUUUGAGUUAUCUGCAGUUAUUUUUGAUAUGGAUUACAAUUUUUUUUUUUUUUGGAGCAAUGGAAAUUUGAUUUUUUAAUGGAUAACUCAACAGUGCAACAUAUGGUAUUCUGCUUACAAAUGUCAUUUAUUUCUUUAGCCUGUGUUUUUCCUCGAAUAGUGACAAGGCCCAUAGGUGUACAGUGCCGUCUAGUGCAUGCUGCGCACAGCAUGCACUACUGUUGUUAGUGUCAUGAGCUAAUCACUCCAGUGAGCGCGAGUGCAUUGCUUAAGACUAUAUUUGAUUCUUCCCUUCCCUCAAAACCAUUAGCUAGUUUUAUUGACCCAUUGUCACACCCCUCACUGCUUUAGCUGCUUCUCAGGAAAACAUAUUUUUUAAAAUGUAUUUAUGUAUUAAUUUAUUUAUUUGUACUCUCUCCUGCAAUUCCAUUCUCAGCAGAACCCAAUGAGUUUAGAUGAUUUUUUCCCUUUCAAGGUAGGCAGGUCAAAGAAAGGUUUAAGUGUAUGUUAAAUAUUUUGUCUUUUUGCAAAAUUUUCAGUAGAAACAUUAAGUAAGACAUAUUUCUUUCACUUAAAAGCACAGGAAAUCUUGAAAAAUGUAAAGUACAACUGUAACAUCUACAUGGGUAACCUUUGAGGAUAGGCAGAUGUUAGUACUAGCUGCCAGCAAAGUCCAUUAGUGACAGCAGAUUCACUAUUGACUGGAAAUUAUCAUCUACUUUGAAAGGUUAGAAAUAUGUUUCACGACAAUGGUAAGUCAUUAAAGACCAACAGAGAAUACAGCCCACUGAAACUGAAUCAUCUGCGCUAUGUGUAUCUUAGGUAAUGAGAUGUGCAUUGAUGGCUUUCAAGUUGAACCAGCAAAGAAGUUAGGCAGUGCAACACUUUCCAUUCCAGAGAGAAAUAACUGAAGAUUAUUAGUAUUGUACAAUGGACGGCCUGCACAGGAAUUUUUGCAAGCUUUACAUGUCACACAUCAGUAGUCCUCACUUAGGUCACAGCCAGCGAAACUGAGUAUAGUCCCAAUGAGCGACUUGAAACCAGUACAUGUAAUAAACACGCAUGUCAUAUAUUUAAUGACUGGCAAUGUCCUAAGCUGCUUCCAAAACUGGAUUUAAGGAGAUGCUUAAUGUUUUAUUGUGAGCCAUUCCAGAUGAUAAAUAGAUCAAGGUUUUAUUUAAGGUAUUGUCUCCUUUUUCUUGUAAAUAGUUUAGAUAUUUCACAGGAUGCUGCUUUUUUGCAGUGAUAAAGUAAAUUAUUCUUGUUUAGAAUGUAGGAGCUUAUCAUGUUGGCCUGGAGAAGCACUGGGUUCCACUCUUGCAAAGCAUGGCAGUAAAUAUAUGUUAGUGUUUUGCAUACAUAUUUUUAAAAUCCUGUCAAAGACUUUAUGCUUUGUAUACCUUAUGAUAUUGUACUUACCUUCUGAUGUAGAUAGAAUUGUUACCAGUGUAUUUUUGUACUAGCAGGAGCCCAUACUUGUCUUGUAUACAGUAUAUAAUGUGCCAAGUCUGGAAUCACAAAAUAUGGCUAAAUUGACAUAUAUUUGUAAAGUGUAGUCUGGUUGUCAGUCUCUGACAAAGUGCCUGAAGAACACGAUGCAGAGUAUUUUUGCCCACCCAGCCUUGUCUGUUAAAAUGGAUUAUAUAGCAGGGGAAACUGCACACCCUGAUAGCUGGAGAUGAUAACCUUGACUAUUGCAAGUGGUCUGUGAACGCCACAUCUUACAGUUUAUCAGUAAAGUACCCAAAACCCACUAUGCCCAUCUAAUUUGUGGUUCCUAUGGAAGUGCAAGGGGUUGGCAUAAUAGUUAAGUUGUUUACCUUGCAGUCACAAGAUUCAGAGUUUGAUUCUGACAUUUGGGAAGUAUGAGUAGGCUGAAAUAGCAUCUCUUGGGUCGUCAGGCUAGUAAUCCCCAAUGUACUCUCCACUUUCUCCUUUUAUUUGGAUCUGCAGACAUUUUGAAUUUGCAUAUGGUAUCUGUAUGCAGUGGAACAUGCAGCCAUAUCAAAGAUCUCAUGCCUUGUAUAUACUGCAUGAUAUUUGGAAGUUAGUUGUACAUAAUCAAGCUGUCAGUAUAAAAAAUUCCAGGCAAACAGACCCAAAGGAAUGAUUUGAAAGUGGAACAAACUUGUUUGCAUUGUGUUGCACCCUAAAACGCAAUGAUUAGCUACUUUUUUCCACGUUACUAAAAUAUACUAAUUUAUCUUGCUUCCAUUGAGCUGACAAUUUCUUGUUCAUAGCUCUAACACCAAAGUAGUUGCCUUCUCACAGGUGUGGCACUCCUAGACUUUUUUGCAGCCUACCCUUCAGAGAUCUACAGUGUUUUCAUACAUUUGAUUCAGUAUGAGGUGUUUAAUCCCCAAAAUGAAAUUUAAUUUUUUUGCUUAUAUGUUUGUUUUUUAAAUCAACUUCAUGGCUUGAGACAACCAAGUCACAGCUAAGCAAACAUAAUAUGCUUUAUUCUUUUGUCUUCCUUAAUAGUAGUGGUGUCCAACACCAGACUGCAUAUAAAUAAUACACAGUGGUAGUUGAAAGUUUCUGAAUGUAGUGUUCCUUUUCUUUGAAACACUUGGUGCAGUUUUCUUCACCUAGUUUUCUACACUGAUGAUACAGGACUUAGCUUGAUGGCUAUAAACAGCAAGGUAUAUCUCCUUUAUCCCAGCAACCUUAGCUUCUCUAAUAGUUGUAAUUGGUUCUUUUAAUGGAGAUAGAUUUGCAUGGAUGCCUUCAGAGUUCAUGGUCUUUGUAUACAAUCAGGCACACAGUUCUACUAAUGUCAAAGAAGUUGUAGUAAUUAUUUGCAAAAUUCAGGAUUUAAAUAUUUUGGUAUGCCAUAGAGUUAUAGGGACAGACAUUAAAAUGCUUCAUUAUGCUUGUAUAUUAAUAAAUAAUAACACUGCCCUAUGCGGAUGAUAUACCUUGUCAUCUGUAUUUGUUUUCUUAUGUUCUUGAAAGAGACAUAGUUGCAUCAGUGGUUGCUGGAACAUUCUGUCCUUCCCAGCUCUUAAAUGGGAAGUACUAAUACCUUCAUAUUUUCUGUUCAGGACAAAACUCAGCCUUUCUUAUACUGAUCUUGUACUUCAAAUCCUAAGGCCUCGGGAGGAUGGGACAUUUUUAUUCUUCUUUAAAUGGAUAUUCAACUUAAUGUAUGCCUUUUCACCAGGUGUGUCUUAUGCAGGUGCAAUAGCAAGGGCAAAAUAAAUUACAGGGCAGCAGAUCUCAAGAGAGCACCAAGGCAUCUAAACCUUUUUUGUCCCAUUCUUCCAGUACAGCUACUUUUGGGCAUCACAACAAAUCACUCCACUGUAAGUAUUGCAAAUAUUUAGUUCCAGUGUACACCAUACUGCAGAACAGACCUUCAUUCAGUUUUAGUUGGACAUAGCAUUAUAGACUCGGAAAUGGUUUUCCUAUUAUUUCUCUUCUUCUUACUAGUACAUCCUUGCACGUUCUGUUGGUUUCUUUUUUCUUCACAUAAGUACAUAUCUUGGUUUAGCAUAUGAUAUUAUAAUGAAUCAAGCUUGUGAAUACAAUAGCUAAGCCUUAAAGCACUCUUCUACCAAAGUCUUAAAUAAGAGUGAUUUUGCAAUAAUCACAAUGUGCAAUAUCUUCAGUUCACCCCAUUAAUAUUGAGGGAUUCAUCAGCCUUUUUUCUUUUGAAUAAAUUAGUUUCUUUUUAUUUCUGUAUUACCAGCUUAUCUGUCUGAGUCAAUACAGCUUUUCUUCUGAAAUUUUCUGCGUCCUAGGGGGGCAGUACAUGACGUGUUUAUACCUUUAAAGUGAUUGCUUUCAUUUCCUUUGGAUUUCUUAAUUUGCCAUCCAACUGUCCCUAGAAUCUUGUGAUUUUCUUUGAACCUUUUGAACAAUACAGAAGUAAAACAAACACAAUGCUGGCAGUGGAAUACAGAAAGAGCUGUAUCUUAUGUUAAGCAUAACUUAAAGUUUUAGUAACUUAAAGUUUACUAAUGCAGUAAAUGAAAAGCGCUUAACAUAAGAUAUUGCUCUUUCUUUAUUCCACUGCCAGCAUUGUGUUCGUUUUACAGUGGUUUAUGAAUUAUUUAUUUUGUUUUUCAACAAUACAGAAGUGUCUGACGUACAGCUUGCAUGUCAAAGUUAUUUCUUUUCAUUUUUCUCCUUGUUAGAAAGAGGUGUGCAGUUGAGCUCUGAUGGAAGAGACUUUUUUGGCAGUAUAAAUCCUUACUUUCUGUCCAAAUGGAACUGCAGUGUAAUAUCCAUAUUGUAAAUAUGGGGUGGAGGGAUAUUCGGAGAAAUUCAUGCCACAGCACUAAUAGUGCUUCAGUGGAGCAUCUUAGUAGUGCUACAAUACUAGCAGGGGAUUUAGAGGCAUGCAAGAGUCGCAUCAAACAAAAGCUCAUUACCAUGUCUCUGAAUUAAACACAAUGCAUUUGGAACAACUGUUUUAACUGUUCUCCCUACCAACUUCAGCAAUGCUGUUGUACAGACACCUACAGACAAACAAGCACACAGUCCAGUGCACAUACAGGAUCACAUAGGCACCCUGUCUCACAUACAGGAUCACAUAGGCACCCUGUCUCACACGCAUGCACACACACACACACACACACACACACACACACACACACACACAAAUGCACACAGCCUCACAGUACAUGUCUAUUGUGGCAGUAACGGACCGUCUUCUGCCAGAAGCAGCGAUGUGUAUUCACUGUCAGUCUACCUUGUUCACUCCUCACUGCUGUGCUUCAAAAUAAAGUGGCAAAGAAUGUGUUUGAAUCACUAUUUUGAUAUCCUGGUGUAUGGCAGUAGGGCAGAAAACAUUUAUUAUACACUAACCUUGGGCAGAAUACAUGUUUAGUAUACAUUAACCUUGGGCAGAACAUGUUUAUUAUACAUUAACCUUGCACCCAGACAGGUUAUCCAGCAGGACCACUGUAAGAUGACUUGCUGGAGCCUUCCAACCGCUAUAGCAUUAUAACAGUUUUUGAAUUACUCCCUCAGAAUGACUGUGCAGCCCUGCCAGAAGCAGGAUUGAGCAGUACAUUAUGUGCUUCUGAUUGUCACCCUUUGUUGAGAGUGAUUUUUACUGUCUUGCCAUUGUUUUUUCUUUUUGACAUUAGGCUGACAUUGGAAGGACUAAAUAUGUCACAAGACACUCCGAUUUGUAGAAUCAAAUUAUCACCUCUGUUAUGCAUAUUUUAGAGAACAUGUAAGAAGUUGCUAUAUAGUUUCCCAAAAUCUGUGGGACUUUGCUAAAAAAGUGGAGGAGUGACUUCCUUUUUGUAGAAGCAAGCUUGUUAUGCAACUAUAUUAAUUUAUUUUGUAAAGAUUACUUUAGUGAUAUGCACAUCAGACAAUGGUGUUUUAGAUGGCUGAUGAAGAAGAAUCUUAUUCCAAUAAUACAGAAAAUGAUUUACAUGGUAUUAUCAUGUUUAACCUUUAUGAGAGGCUUUAAAUAGUUUUGUAUAUUUUAUUUAAAAUGUUGAAAUCUCUUAGUGGACACUGGAUUGGGGUGAGGGGGUGAGAGGGUGGAAGUGAGCAGCAUAUGGCUUGCCCAUCCUGGAAGGAGGGAGGUGGCUUAGAUUUCUGCUUGGGUGACACCUAGUGGGAGCUUUGGGUUCUGCAGCACACAGAGUCUGAACCAGAGGGAUGUGCUGCCACGGUGUAUUCACGUAGGUUAGGAGGCAGUCACAUGGGACAGCACAUGUCCUUCUCCCCUAAGACAGGCAGCAUUGGCAUCCUUUGGAAUCUGCUGAGGGGUGUUAGAAGCUCCUGAGGCCAAAAUGACACAGAUGUUUGGCUGGAUGACUUCCUCACAAUCAGCUCUUGCCUCACAAAGGAGCAAAGGGACCAGUGUUCUUGCCACCAUGAGGAACGAAUGGAUUGAACAUGUCAUGGGAGGCUGAUGGUUAAUAAGCAGGGAGUUUAAAAAGCAAUGUAGAAAGUCUUCAUACAGGUACAGACAAAAGGUAGGCCUAAACUAUGUGCACCUGUGCAGUGCAUUUUCCUUGCCAUAAAACAGAAUUUCAGCUUUUGACAUUUUCCAUAUUCCAGCCAAAGUUACUAAUGAUUACAGCGCUCAAUACCCCUGUCUUACUUAUCUAAAUUUAAUUGCCACUUGGUUCAUAUAAUGCCAGUAAAAUAUUGACCUCUUCAGUCCCUUCUGUAGUUGUAUAUCCCACAUGGAUGAUUUAUAAAAAUAUGGUGCCCUCCCAAUUUUUUUUUUUUUUUUGCAACCCAGGAUACAAGAUUGCACAUUUAGUGAAAUCUUUCCUGUACCCAUGUAUGUAUAUAGGCAUAAUUUUACAUUUGUUAAUGUAGGUGUUCGGAAGUGUGUAUCAUUGUCUACUUCAUAUCCCUUAUCAUAGCUAGUUUAUGCCACUGGAUAUCAGCAAUAAUAUAUCUUGCAGUUAAGUCAGAAUGUUGCUGUCACUUCUAUUUUGAUUUCAGCUUUUAUUGUUUACUGUAAAUUAUCUGGACCAAGUCAUUUCCAACCUAAGCAUUUUGAACUGUGGAAGCUUUUGUGCAGGCAAUACACACAGAUAUUACAGCUGGACACUUUUAUGUACAGCUGUUUUGUCUUUAUAGCAUUGUUUUUCAAAUGUGGACAUUUCAGAACUGUUUUUUUUUUAAUGGAACACAAUAUUAUGUUUAUACCAUGCCAUAAUAAAGAGUUAUGAUACAAA